AUACAGUUUUCUGCCGACAGUGGUGGCAUGCCUGAUAGGUCAGUGACAUUAACAGGCGCACCUGAUUCAAUCCAGGCUGCAAAGAUGUUGCUCUCAGAGAUUGUAGAUAAAGGCAGACCUGCUCCGGCAUUCCACCACAAUGAUGGACCAGGGAUGUCUGUUCAGGAGGUCAUGAUCCCUGCCUCCAAAGCUGGUCUGGUCAUUGGAAAGGGAGGGGAAACAAUCAAACAGUUACAGGAACGUGCUGGAGUCAAAAUGGUCAUGAUUCAAGAAGGACCCCAAAAUACAGGCUCUGAUAAACCACUCAGGAUCUCUGGCGAUCCUUUUAAAGUUCAGCAAGCUAAAGACAUGGUGAUGGAUCUAAUCAGAGAUCAGGGUUUCCGGGAACAGAGAGGAGAGUAUGGUUCUAGAGUAAGCAGUGGAGACAGUCUGGAUGUCCCUGUGCCAAGGUUUGCAGUGGGAAUUGUGAUUGGUAGGAGUGGUGAAAUGAUCAAGAAGAUUCAGAAUGACACUGGUGUGAGGAUUCAGUUCAAACCAGAUGAUGGCUCCACACCAGAGAGGAUCGCUCAGAUUAUGGGGCCUCCAGACAGGGCACAGCACGCAGCCGAUAUCAUAUCUGACCUGCUGAGGAGUGUGCAGGCUGGAGGCCCUCCUGGUCACGGGGGCAGAGGGAGGGGCCGUGGACAGGGAAACUGGAACAUGGGCCCUCCUGGAGGCCUGCAGGAAUUCACUUUCACUGUGCCUACCAUGAAGACUGGCCUCAUUAUCGGCAAAGGGGGUGAAACCAUUAAGAACAUCAGCCAGCAGUCAGGAGCCAGGAUAGAGUUACAAAGAAACCCUCCACCUAAUUCGGACCCUAAUAUAAAGAUCUUCACAGUCCGUGGAUCACCCCAACAGAUUGAUUACGCCAGACAGCUGGUCGAGGAGAAGAUUGGAGGUCCCGUUAGCCCUAUGGGUGGCCCUCAUGGUCCACCUGGGCCCCAUGGAGGUCCUACUCAUGGCCCUGCCGGUCCACCAGGACCAGCUGCUCCCAUGGGCCCAUACAACCCUGGGCCCUAUGGCCAGGGCCCUCCUGGACCACAUGGUCCUCCAGCACCAUACCAGCCUCAAGGCUGGGGCAACGGAUACCCCCACUGGCAGCAAGGUCAGCCAGACCCCAAUAAAGCAGCGGCUGAUGCUAAUGCAGCUGCAUGGGCAGCCUAUUAUUCUCAGUACCAGCAGCAGCCCCAGGGCCCCAUGACUCCAACUUCAGCAGCCCCUGGCACAACCCAAACCAACGGACAAGGUCAAGGACAGCCUCAGCAGGAUUACACAAAGGCGUGGGAAGAAUACUAUAAGAAACAAGGUCAAGCUGCGCCUCAGGCGGCUGCAGCAACGGCAUCUCAGCCAGGAGGUCAGCCAGAUUACAGUGCAGCGUGGGCAGAAUACUACCGCCAACAGGCAGCAUACUAUGGUCAAGGCGCCCCUCAGGCAAUGGGAGCUGCACCCCAGGCUCAGCAGGUACACUCCCGCUAAAACACUCUGCUCUUUGCCUUUUGCACUUUUCACCUAGUAGAUGUGCAUGUAUACAGUUUUUGUCCCCAUGUAUACAGUUUUUGUCCCCCACCCCCACUUUUUUUUCCCCCCUAACAUUUACUUCCACAGGUUCAGCGAAGGUUUCCAGAUGAGUCAUCGAUACAACACAUAACCAAACUCUUUCCUCCUCAAACAGGCUUUUAUCUUUUUU